UCGGCUUAACCAUCUUACCUCAGUGUGGUAUGGCAGGCCAUAGAUGUGGUCUUUCUCUCUGAGAAGCCUGUCAAACUGACGGUGAUUCAGGCUUCUGGAUCGGAUGAAAUUAACAGUUUGGAUGACCACCUUCAUGACGUUAUCCAUCUUUAAUGACUUGCAACACAAAGCCUCCUGGUGCAAAAUACAGUGAAAAGUCAAAAAAUCACGUCCUCCAUUUGCAGAUUGCACUUUCUCUCUGAACUUUGUCACAACGCCUGCUUUUUUCCCGAUCAUUGAGGGCGCACCAUCUGUAGCCAGGCUGACAGCGCGGGACCAGUCCACUCCGACCCUGUCCAGCGCGCCGACGAGUGCGGUAAAAAUAUCAGCUGCUGUCGUUGUAUCUGUCAUCGGCACCAACUCGACAAACUCCUCGGUGACGGUCAAUGUGUCAUCAACUCCGCGGAUGAAAAUGGCCAGUUGUGCAACAUCUGUAAUGUCCGUGCUUUCAUCAAUUGCAACCGAAAACGCAAUAAAUGACUUUACUUUUUCCUUCAACUGAAAGAUCGGAAAUCCUGUCUGCAACUGUGUUUCUUGUCAGGCUGAUAUUUGCAAAAGCCUGCCGCUUUUCAGGGCACACAAUCUCCGCUGCCUUCAUUAUGCAUGUUUUUACAAAUUCACCCUCACUAAAUGGUUUUGAAGCCACUGCGAUUUCAUUAGCAAUGAGGUAGCUAGCUUUCACUGCAGCGUCACUGAUGUCUCGGCUGUGAGUAAACACAGACUGCUGUUUCUUCAGACCCGCCAACAGUUCAUUCACCUUCUCUCAUCUCCGCUGUCCUUGAAAGUUGUCAUAUUUGUCGGCAUGAAGACUCACAUAGUGGCGACGAAGGUUAUAUUCUUUCAGCACUGCAACAUGCUCUGAACACACCAAACAUACAGCUUUCCCAUUCAAUUCCGUGAAUAAAUAGGAUGACAAUUUUUCUUGGAACACUCUGCACUCUGCGUCCACUUUUCUCUUUUUUGACAGAGACAUAUUGGGGCAAUGAGGGUGCCAAAGCACAUAAUGUUAAAAGUAGAAGCCGUAAUAAAUAUCGCGGGCAAAACAAAGUAGCUCAUUGGCUGCACGUGCUUGACCUACUUGCUCUGCCCCGGUAUAAACAGUUUGCUUGCUUAACACAAUUGCUAUUGCGCCAUCCAGUGGACGCAAUUGGAACAGCAGUUUAUUUUAUUGAAAAAUUGCAGCGCAUUUUUAUACUUUACACACAAAAAAAUAAAAAUAAAAUAUAUAUAUAUAUAUAUAUAUAUAUAUUUAUUUUAUUUUUUUUCGAAAUCAUCUCGCGGGCCGGAUUAAACCCGUUUGCGGGCCUGAUCCGGCCCGCGGGCCGGACGUUUGACACCCCUGCUGUAGAUAGUCUUUCCUCGGCCCAUUCCCACUUUCUUCCAUUUACCCCUCCCCUCCCCUCCCCUCCUCUCUCCACUACCUAGCUCUUCUCUGCAGAAUAUCUGUGUAGUCUUUGUGGUGUUGUUUUCCUUCACCACUCCUUGUCCAGCUAUGUGGUGACAGAACUGAUGCAGAGUGACCUCCAUAAGAUCAUCGUGUCACCUCAGCCCCUCAGCUCAGACCACGUCAAAGUAUUUCUCUAUCAGAUCCUCCGAGGUAAGACCUCUCCGGCACGCACACACACACUCAGAUCACAUUACAAACAUUAAAACGUGAUUUUCACACAAAUAUCAGUUUGAAUCGUCAUUGAUAAAAAACGGGGUGGAACCUUCGCACAAGAAACUGUUUGAAAACCAUUAAACUGAAUCCUUCCUGGCAUGUGUUUUGUCUGUAGGACUGAAGUACCUGCACUCAGCUGGCAUCCUACAUCGAGACAUCAAACCUGGCAACCUCCUGGUCAACAGUAACUGUGUGCUUAAGGUUGGUAUACUGUCCUCUACCAUCUAACAUAUCCAUCCUCCUGUGAUGAAACAUGUAUUACUCUACUGAGAUGUACAGUGUUAUAUUUAUGAGGUCAAGUCGGGGUUGGAGUCUGCUCUGUGGAAGUACAGUAUCUGAAAUACACACACACACACUCCUGACUCCUGCCCUCACUGGCUGUCUGGCGCCAUGAGUCUCUGCAGCCUGUGUUACCGGGGAUCUGACGCCCCAGUGGGAUUUCUACAGUACAUGAUGCUGGGCUCCUGACAUAUAAAUCUUAAUCCUGGGGCCUGGUAAUGGAGGCCCUGCCUGGGUUUAUGCUACCCUUAGCUCUCCCUCCUCCCCCCACAGACACUGGAGGGGUGUUAGUCCAUGGGUGGGAGAGAGGGGAGAAAGAAAGGGAGGAGGGAGUGGGUGGAGGACAGAGUGAUUCAAUGUGUUCUAUGGCUGACUCUGGAGAAAUGAUUGUCUCUAGCAGACAUUUACUACAUUUAGCUCCUAAUUCUCAGUUCCCAAACGGGAAACCCUCCCCCACACAUUCUGGGCUAUUUUCAGACCAACCCAUCCUGCCUGCCUCUGUGAUGCUCCCUGCCUGCCUCUGUGAUGCUCCCUGUCUGCCUUUGUGAUCAAAUCAAAUCAAAUGUUAUUGGUCACAUACACAUUUAGCAGAUGUUAUUGCGGGUGUAGCGAAAUGCUUGUGUUCCUAGCUCCAACAGUGCAGUAGUAUCUAACAAUUCACAACGAUACACAAAUCUAAAAGUAAAAUAAUGGAAUAAAUAAAUAUAUAAGGAUUAGGACGAGCCAUGUCGGAGUGGCAUUGACUAAAAUACAGUAGAAUAGAAUACAGUAUAUACAUAUGAGAUGAGUAAAGCAGUAUGUAAACAUUAUUAAAGUGACUAGUGUUCCACUAUUAAAGUGGCCAGUGAUUCCAUGUCUAUGUAUAUAGGGCAGCAGCCUCUAAGGUGCAGGGUUGAGUAGCCAGGUGGGAGCCGGCAAGUGAUGGCUAUUUAACAGUCUGAUGGCCUUGAGAUAGAAGCUGUUUUUCAGUCUCUCGGUCCCUGCUUUGAUGCACCUGUACUGACCUUGCCUUUUGGAUGAUAGCAGGCCGUGGCUCGGGUGGUUGAUAUCCUUGAUGACAUAGGAUGUCCUUCCUAUGACAUAGGGUGCUGUAGGUGUCCUGGAGUGCAGGCAGUAUGCCCCGGUGAUGCAUUGGGCAGACCGUACCACCCUCAGGAGAGCCCUGCGGUUGCGGGCGGUACAGUUGCCGUACCAGGUGGUGAUACAGCCCGACAGGAUGAUCUCAAUUGUGCAUCUGUAAAGGUUUCUGAGGGUCUUAGGGGCCAAGCCGACUUUCUUCAGCCUCCUGAGGUUGAAGAGGCGCUCUUGCGCCUUCUUCACCACACUGUCUGUGUGGGUGGACCAUUUCAGAUCGUCAGUGAUGUGUAUGCCGAGGAACUUGAAGCUUACCACCUUCUCUACUACGGUCCCAUCUAUGUGGAUAGGGGCAUGCUCCCGCUGCUGUUUCCUGAAGUCCACGAUCAGCUCCUUCGUUUUGUUGACGUUGAGGGAGAGGUUAUUUUCCUGGCACCACUCCGCCAGGGCCUACUACUGUUGUACUUAAUGAUGAGCUUGGAGGGUACUAUGGUGUUGAAGGCUGAGCUAUAGUCAAUGAACAGCAUUCUGACGUAGAUAUUCCUCUUGUCCAGAUGGGAUAGGGCAGUGUGCAGUGUGAUGGCGAUUGCAUCAUCUGUGGAUCUAUUGGGGCGGUAAGUAAAUUGAAGUGGGUCUAGGGUGUCAGGUAAGGUAGAGGUGAUAUGAUCCUUAACUAGCCUCUCAAAGCACUUCAUGAUGACAGAAGUGAGUGCUACAGGGCGAUAGUCAUUUAGUUCAGUUAUGUCACGCCCUGGCUCUGGGACUCUGUUAUGUUGAGCCAGGGUGUGUAGUUUCUAUGUGUUUGUGUUCUGUGUUUAAGUUCUAGUUCAUGUGUAUCUAUGUUGGCCGGGGUGGUUCUCAAUCAGAGGCAACGUGAAUCAGCUGUUGCUUGUUGUCUCUGAUUGGGAACCAUACUUAGGCAGCCGUUUGGCAGUAGUGUAUUGUGGGAUCUUGUUCCGUGUUGGUUUGUGUAGGUAACCAAGGACUUCACGUUAUCGUUUUGUUGUUUUGUUUCGUGUGGUGAAAUAAAUAAAGUAUGUUCACUUAUCGCGCUGCGCAUUGGUCCACUUCCUUCAGCGAUCGUGACAGAAGAUCCCACCAAUACAGGACCAAGCAGCGUGCCCAGGAGCAGACAGCCUGGACGUGGGAGCAGAUAUUGGACGGGCAGGGGUCCUGGUCUUGGGAGGAAAUCCAGGCCGGGAUGGAUCGCCGUCCGUGGGAGGAGACGGUGGAGGCGCGCCGGAGAGAGGAGCAGCGGGUUACGGGAGCCAUUGGUGAGAAGAGGGAAGGAAAGUGUAGAGGCACGGCGAGAGGUACUGAGGUGUGUUGCCAGUCCGGUCCGGCCCGUUCCUGAUCCCUGUGUAAGGCCAGUGGUGUGUGUUCCCAGUGCAGUCCGGCCUGUUCCUGUCCCUCGCACCAAGCCUGUGUUGCGCGUCGCCAGCCCGGCCCGGCCUGUUCCUGCUCCCCGCACCAAGCCAAUGGUGGGCGUCGCCAGCCCGGUCCGGCCCAUUCCUGCUCCCCGCACCAAGCAUGUGGUGCGCAUCGUCAGCCCGGUCCGGCCCGUUCCAGCUCCCCGCACCAAGCCAGGGGUGCGCGUCGUCAGUCUGGUCCGGCCCGUUCCUGCUCCCCGCACCAAGCCUGUGGUGCGCUUCGUCAGCCCGGUUCGGCCCGUCCCUGCUCCCCGCACCAAGCCUGUGGUGCGCGUCGUCAGCCCGGUCCGGCCCGUUCCUGCUCCCCGCACUAAGCCUGUGGUGCGCGUCGUCAGUCUGGCACAGCCCGUGCCUGGGUCACCGGUGCCUGGUCAGGUACCGGUCAGCUGCUCCACAUCGGAGCCUAAGCAAUCCGCUCCACCGAUGUCCAGUCCAGCUCCAGCCUGCGGGGCCAGACCGGACCAGGGGCGCUAUGGGGGGAUUGUUGGAGGGUGGUGGUCAAGCCCGGAGCCGGAACCGCCUCCGAGGACGAAUGCCCACCCGGCCCUCCCCUGUUCGGUUUAUGUUUGGCGCGGUCGCAGUCCGCGCCUUUGGGGGGGGGUACUGUCACGCCCUGGCUCUGGGACUCUGUUAUGUUGAGCCAGGGUGUGUAGUUUCUAUGUGUUUGUGUUCUGUGUUUAAGUUCUAGUUCAUGUGUAUCUAUGUUGGCCGGGGUGGUUCUCAAUCAGAGGCAACGUGAAUCAGCUGUUGCUUGUUGUCUCUGAUUGGGAACCAUACUUAGGCAGCCGUUUGGCAGUAGUGUAUUGUGGGAUCUUGUUCCGUGUUGGUUUGUGUAGGUAACCAAGGACUUCACGUUAUCGUUUUGUUGUUUUGUUUCGUGUGGUGAAAUAAAUAAAGUAUGUUCACUUAUCGCGCUGCGCAUUGGUCCACUUCCUUCAGCGAUCGUGACAAGUUACCUUUGCUUUCUUGGGUACAGGAACAAUGGUGGACAUCUUGAAGCAAGUGGGGACAGCAGACUGGGAUAGGGAGAGAUUGAAUAUGUCCGUAAACACUCCAGCCAGCUGGUCUGCACAUGCUCUGAGGACGCGGCUAGGGAUGCCGUCUGGGCCGGCAGCCUUGCGAGGGUUAACACGCUUAAAUGACUGACUCACGUCGGCCACGGAGAAGGAGAGCCCACAGUCCUUGGGAGCGGGCCGUGUCGGUGGCACUGUGUUAUUCUCAAAACGGGCGAAGAAGGUGUUUAGCUUGUCUGGGAGCAAGACACCGGUGUCCGCAACGUGGGUGGUUUUCCCUUUGUAAUCCAUGAUUGUCUGUAGAACCUGCCACAUACAGGGAGGGAAAAAAGUAUUUGAUCCCCUGCUGAUUUUGUACAUUUGCCCACUGACAAAGAAAUGAUCAGUCUAUAAUUUUAAUGGUAGGUUUAUUUGAACAGUGAGAGACAGAAUAACAACAACAAAAAAUCCAGAAAAACGCAUUUCAAAAAUGUUAUAAAUUGAUUUGCAUUUUAAUGAGGGAAAUAAGUAUUUGACCCCCUCUCAAUCAGAAAGUUUUCUGGCUCCCAGGUGACUUUUAUUCAGGUAACGAGCUGAGAUUAGGAGCACACUCUUAAAGGGAGUGCUCCUAAUCUCAGUUUGAUACCUGUAUAAAAUACACCUGUCCACAGAAGCAAUCAAUCAAUCAGAUUCCAAACUCUCCACCAUGGCCAAGACCAAAGAGCUCUCCAAGGAUGUCAGGGACAAGAUUGUAGACCUACACAAGGCUGGAAUGGGCUACAAGACCAUCGCCAAGCAGCUUGGUGAGAAGGUGACAACAGUUGGUGCAAUUAUUCGCAAAUGGAAGAAAUAAAAAAAAACUGUCAAUCUCCCUCGGCCUGGGGCUCCAUGCAAGAUCUCACCUCGUGGAGUUGCAAUGAUCAUGAGAACGGUGAGGAAUCAGCCCAGAACUACACGGGAGGAUCUUGUCAAUGAUCUCAAGGCAGCUGGGACCAUAGUCACCAAGAAAACAAUUGGUAACACACUACGCCGUGAAGUACUGAAAUCCUGCAGUGCCCGCAAAGUCCCCCUGCUCAAGAAAGCACAUAUACAGGGCCAUCUGAAGUUUGCCAAUGAACAUCUGAAUGAUUCAGAGGAGAACUGGGUGAAAGUGUUGUGGUCAGAUGAGACCAAAAUCGAGCUCUUUGGCAUCAACUCAACUCACCGUGUUUGGAGGAGGAGGAGGAAUGCUGCCUAUGACCCCAAGAACACCAUCCUCACGUCAAACAUGGAGGUGGAAACACUAUGCUUUGGGGGUGUUUUUCUGCUAAGGGGACAGGACAACUUCACCGCAUCAAAGGGACGAUGGACGGGGCCAUGUACCGUCAAAUCUUGGGUGAGAACCUCCUUCCCUCAGCCAGGGCAUUGAAAAUGGGUCGUGGAUGGGUAUUCCAGCAUGACAAUGACCCAAAACACACGGCCAAGGCAACAAAGGAGUGGCUCAAGAACAGGCACAUGAAGGUCCUGGAGGGGCCUAGCCAGUCUCCAGACCUUAAUCCCAUAGAAAAUCUGUGGAGGGAGCUGAAGGUUCGAGUUGCCAAAUGUCAGCCUCGAAACCUUAAUGACUUGGAGAAGAUCUGCAAAGAGGAGUGGAACAAAAUCCCUCCUGAGAUGUGUGCGAACCUGGUGGCCAACUACAGGAAACGUCUGACCUCUGUGAUUGCCAACAAGGGUUUUGCCACCAAGUACUAAGUCAUGUUUUGCAGAGGGGUCAAAUACUUAUUUCCCUCAUUAAAAUGCAAAUCAAUUCAUAAUAUUUUUGACAUGCGUUUUUCUGGAUGUUUUUGUUGUUAUUCUGUCUCUCACUGUUCAAAUAAACCUACCAUUAAAAUUAUAGACUGAUCAUGUCUUUGUCAGUGGGCAAACGUACAAAAUCAGCAGGGGAUCAAAUACUUUUUUCCCUCACUGUACUUCUGGUGUCUGAGCCGUUGAAUUGCGACUCCACUUUGUCUCUGUACUGACGUUUUGCCUGUGCUGUCUGCCCAUGAUAUCGCUGUGUUCCUUCUCUUCCAAGUCUGACAUUAUUUUAGAGCGAGGCACUCCUCAUUUAAUUUCUGAUGAUGAACAUAAUGAUAAUGAUGAACAUCCCCUUCCAAAAAUCUCCUCCCUCAGCAGCAUCAGCUACUCAAGCAGUUCGAUUCAGUUGUGUACAAGCUGAUGGGGAGUAAUCGUCUGCAGUAAUGUGACAAGGCCCGUAGCGGUGCAACACUAUGUGGCUCCUCAAUCCUUCACUUCCUGUCAUUUUGUCCAGAAUUUAUAUUUAGCUAACAUAGCAAAGAGAAGAAAUUUAAAAAAUCGUCUGUUAUUUAGCACAUAGCUGUGCUGUCCUAACCUUUCUUUGGACUGGGUGAGGGUGGGAGGGGAGACCGAGGUGGAAGUGUGUCCCUGUAGGGACACCGUAGAAAAGGUUGAUGAUCAACUUCAGUCAGUGUUUUCAUUGGAAAAUGUAAUUAGUGACGCACCAUGCAUUUCUGAAAUAGCUGCUCAUCCCUUGAAGACCUUGGGGAAGUGAGAUAUGAGGCAACAAAGAUUUUUGGAGCAGCUCGUUAGUCCGUUUAUGAACGAUCCAAGUAUUCCAUUAUUUUCUGUCUUUAGACGUAUCAGACAAUGUUCUCAUUCAGUUAUAUAACAAUUGACUCCGACCAGUCACAGUAAGCUACCACAUAAUACAUAGUGUAUCUUGCAAGAAGCUGCAUGCAUCUAAACCUUGGGUUAGGUUGGGUUUGGAGGACUAAUCUAUUUGUGUAUUGGUAUUGAUGGAUGUAUUAAUGUGAACAUGUUCUCCCCCUUCAUCCCUCUCCAGAUCUGUGACUUUGGGCUGGCACGGGUGGAGGAGCUGGACGAGUCUCGUCACAUGACUCAGGAGGUGGUGACCCAGUAUUACCGCGCACCAGAGAUCCUCAUGGGCAGCCACCAUUACUCCAACGCCAUCGACAUCUGGUCUGUAGGAUGCAUCUUCGCCGAGCUACUGGGCCGACGCAUCCUGUUCCAGGCCCAAAGCCCCAUCCAGCAGGUAACCAAUACUGUAAACACCGAGAACAUGUAGAUCUGACAUGGAAUACUUGCUGAUCUAAUAUUCAGUGCACAGCAUUUUCUGGCUUAUUUUAUAAGAAAACAAUUGUAUUGGCUAUCCUUGGUUGUGUUUGUUAGUCUGUAGGCUUCAAUGAGGUGUGUUUUUUCAGCUUGGUCAGAGCUUUCAGAGAUAAAGUCUGUAUUUGAAAACAGGACAGAGCUUCCUUGACCCCUUAGUAUCCAUGUCUCUCCAGACCUUGGGCUGCGGUCCUGUCUCCUUUACCUCGCUUUCAGAGAUGACCUGUUGAGUUAGCUGGGGAGGGAGGAAUGCAGUCUUAUGUCUCAGUACACACCACUCCUUUUCACUUCUGAUAUGGACACAAAUAGCUCAUGUCUAAAAUGACGUGUUCACAGAUACUGUAUGUUCACAAUGGACUGCAAAAUUGCAUUCUGGAGCAAUAAGUCAAUACACAGUAUAGCCCCCUGGAGUCCUUAACUUGGCCUGCCUCUCUCAACUCCCUCGCCUUUACUGCAUAUGUGCCAUAGCGUGUGUGUGAGUGUGUGUGUGUGUGUGUGCGGGUAUCUGUGUGAUCGUUCGUGCAUGCGUGUCUCAAGUACAGUAACAUAUGCUGCAUGAUGUUCUUCUGUGUGUGUUCUGUGAUGUAGCUGGAUCUGAUCACGGACCUGCUGGGGACUCCCUCUCUGGAGGCCAUGAGGACAGCGUGUGAGGGGGCCAGGGCCCACAUCCUCAGAGGACCACACAAACAGGUAGGGACAUGGAUGAGCAGUGUGUGUACUCUGGAGCAGGACAGCGCAUGAGUCUCCUGAGCAAGGUUUUCAUAAGUCCUACAAAUCAAUUAUGCAUUCGGUAAUCAUGGCUGGAUGGGAAUAUGUCUCUGUGGACAGAAUGAGUUUGGUCAGGGGUCCAUGUGUAAGAUUUGCUUCCACACAUGGUUACAGGAGUCAGACACAUCAGUGAUGAGUGGUCCUCUUGGACAGCAAGAUGGUGUUUUAGUGUUGUUGACUUUUGAGCCAUUGAGCCAGAAGGGAUCCUAUUUCCUGCCACCAGUGCAGUCCCAGGAUACAUUGUGCGAUCGUGGGGGUGAGGUGGGAGACAGGGGGGCUUGAGGGUGGUCUGAAAACAUUUAUGAUGCUCGCAGAAAUGCAGUAGUAGGAAAUACACAUCUGGGGGUAAUCUUAUUCAUUGAAUCAGAUGGCUCAUUCAUCACAAAACCGACUGAUGUUGCCAACUACUUUAAUGAUUUUUUCAUUGGCAAGAUUAUCAAACUUAGGCAUGACGUGCUAGCAACAAACUCUGACACUACACAUCCAAGUUUAUCUGACCAAAUUAUGAAAGACAAGUAUUGUAAUUUUGAAUUCCGUAAAGUGAGUGUGGAAGAGGUGAAAAAAUGAUUGUUGUCUAUCAACAAUGACAAGCCACCGGGGUCUGACAACUUGGAUGGAGAAGGAUGAGGAUAAUAGCGGAUGAUAUUGCCACUCCUAUUUGCCAUAUUUUCAAUUUAAGCCUACUAGAAAGUGUGUGUCCCCAGGCUUGGAGGGAAGCAAAAGUUAUUCCGUUACCUAAGAAUAGUAAAGCCCCCUUUACUGGCUCAAAUAGCCGACCAAUCAGCCUGUUACCAACCCUUUGUAAACUUUUGGAAAUAAUUGUGUUUGACCAGAUACAAUGCUAUUUUACAGUAAACAAAUUGACAACAGACCUUCAGCACGCUUCUAGGGAAGGACAUUCAACAAGCACAGCACUUACACAAAUGACUGAUGAUUGUCUGAGAGAAAUUGAUGAUAAAAGGAUUGUGGGGGCUGUUUUGUUAGACUUCAGUGCGGAUUUUGACAUUAUCAAUCAUAGUCUGCCGCUGUAAAAAUGUAUGUGUUAUGGCUCUAUAGCCCUCCUAUAUUGUGGAUAAACAGUUACCUGUCUAACAGAACACAGAGGGUGUUCUUUAAUGGAAGCCUCUCCAAGAAAAUCCAGGUAGAAUCAGGAAUUCCCCAGGGCAGCUGUCUAGGCCCAUUACUUUUUUCAAUCUUUACUAAUGACAUGCCACUGUCUUUGAGUAAGGCCAGUGUGUCUAUGUAUGCGGAUGACUCAACACUAUACACGUCAGCUACUACAGCGACUGAAAUGACUGCAACACUUAACAAAGAGCUGCAGUUAGUUUCAGAGUGUGUGGCAAGGAAUAAGUUAGUCCUAAAUAUUUCAAAAACUAAAAGCAUUGUAUUUGGGACAAAUCAUUCACUAAACCCUAAACCUCAACUAAAUCUUGUAAUAAAUAAUGUGGAAAUUGAGCAAGUUGAGGUGACUAAACUGCUUGAAGUAACCCUGGAUUGUAAACUGUCAUGGUCAAAACAUAUUGAUACAACAGUAACUAAGAUAGGGAGAAGUCUGUCCAUAAUAAAGGGCUGCUCUACCUUCUUAACAGCACUAUUAACAAGGCAGGUCCUACAGGCCCUAGUUUUGUCGCACCUGGACUACUGUUCAGUCAUGUGGUCAGGUGCCACAAAGAGGGACUUAGGAAAAUUGCAAUUGGCUCAGAACAGGGCAGCACGGCUGGCCCUUGGAUGUACACAGAGAGCUAACAUUAAUAAUAUGCAUGUCAAUCUCGCCUGGCUCAAAGUGGAGGAGAGAUUGACUUCACACUACUUGUAUUUGUGAGAGGUAUUGACAUGUUGAAUGCACCGAACUGUCUGUUUGAACUACUGGCGCACAGCUCGGCCACCCAUGCAUACCCCACAAGACAUGCCACCAGAGGUCUCUUCACAGUCCCCAAGUCCAGAACAGACUAUGGGAGGUGCACAGUACUACUACUACUACGUAACUGAUGCAAGCAGUAAAAUUAGAUUUAAAAAACAGAUACAAAUACACCUUAUGGAACAGCGGGGACUGUGAAGCAACACAAACAUAGGCACAGACACAUGCAUACACACACACGAUAACAUACACACUAUACACACACACACACUCAUGGAUUUUGUAUUGUAGAUACAGUGAGGGAAAAAAGUAUUUAGUCAGCCACCAAUUGUGCAAGUUCUCCCACUUAAAAAGACGAGAGAGGCCUGUAAUUUUCAUCAUAGGUACACGUCAACUAUGACAGACAAAAUGAUUUUUAAAAAAUCCAGAAAAUCACAUUGUAGGAUUUUUUAUGAAUUUAUUUGCAAAUUAUGGUGGAUAAUAAGUAUUUGGUCAAUAACAAAAGUUUCUCAAUACUUUGUUAUAUACCCUUUGUUGGCAAUGACACAGGUCAAACGUUUUCUGUAAGUCUUCACAAGGUUUUCACACACUGUUGCUGGUAUAUUGGCCCAUUCCUCCAUGCAGAUCUCCUCUAGAGCAGUGAUGUUUUGGGGCUGUCGCUGGGCAACACGGACUUUCAACUCCCUCCAUAUACUUUCUAUGGGGUUGAGAUCUGGAGACUGGCUAGGCCACUCCAGGACCUUGAAAUGCUUCUUACGAAGCCAAUCCUUCGUUGUCCGGGCGGUCUGUUUGGGAUCAUUGUCAUGCUGAAAGACCCAGCCACGUUUCAUCUUCAAUGCCCUUGCUGAUGGAAGGAGGUUUUCACUCAAAAUCUCACGAUACAUGGCCCCAUUCAUUCUUUCCUUUACACGGAUCAGUCGUCCUGGCCCCUUUGCAGAAAAACAGCCCCAAAGCAUGAUGUUUCCACCCCCAUGCUUCACAGUAGGUAUGGUGUUCUUUGGAUACAACUCAGCAUUCUUUGUCCUCCAAACACGACGAGUUGAGUUUUUACCAAAAAGUUAUAUUUUGGUUUCAUCUGACCAUAUGACAUUCUCCCAAUCCUCUUCUGGAUCAUCCAAAUGCACUCUAGCAAACUUCAGACGGGCCUGGACAUGUACUGGCUUAAGCAGGGGGACACGUCUGGCACUGCAGGAUUUGAGUCCCUGGCGGCGUAGUGUGUUACUGAUGGUAGGCUUUGUUACUUUGGUCCCAGCUCUCUGCAGGUCAUUCACUAGGUCCCCCCGUGUGGUUCUGGGAUUUUUGCUCACCGUUCUUGUGAUCAUUUUGACCCCGCGGGGUGAGAUCUUGCGUGGAGCCCCAGAUCGAGGGACAUUAUCAGUGGUCUUGUAUGUCUUCCAUUUCCUAAUAAUUGCUCCCACAGUUGAUUUCUUCAAACCAAGCUGCUUACCUAUUGCAGAUUCAGUCUUCCCAGCCUGGUGCAGGUCUACAAUUUUGUUUCUGGUGUCCUUUGACAGCUCUUUGGUCUUGGCCAUAGUGGAGUUUGGAGUGUGACUGUUUGAGGUUGUGGACAGGUGUCUUUUAUACUGAUAACAAGUUCAAACAGGUGCCAUUAAUCAAGGUAACGAGUGGAGGACAAAGGAGCCUCUUAAAGAAGAAGUUACAGGUCUGUGAGAGCCAGAAAUCUUGCUUGUUUGUAGGUGACCAAAUACUUAUUUUCCACCAUAAUUUGCAAAUUAAAUUCAUUAAAAAUCCUACAAUGUGAUUUUCUGGAUUUUUUUCCCUCAAUGUUUCUGUCAUAGUUGACGUGUACCUAUGAUGAAAAUUACAGGCCUCUCUCAUCUUUUUAAGUGGGAGAACUUGCACAAUUGGUGGCUGACUAAAUACUUUUUUUCCCCACUGUAUGUGCUCGUGGUGGAGUAGGAGCCUGAGGGCACACAGUGUGUUGUGAAAUCUGUGAAUGUAUUGUAAUUUUAAUUUUAAUUUUUCAUAAAUGCCUUAAUUUUGCUGGACCCCAUAAUAAAUACAAAUACAAAUCUUACACCCACCCCCACCAACCAUGCUGGUCCUCUACCUGCAGGAUGGCUGUUCAUCUUACAUACCCCUCCCCUCCAACCAUUAACGCUGGGAAUUGCCAGGGACCUCACGAUACGAUAUAAGCACGAUACUUUUGCGCCGAUACGAUAUGAUACUGUGUUGUUCAUUGGCCAAUUGCUGUUCAUUAGCCAAUUGCAUCUAUCUGUGGAUGGGUAUUCACAAGUUGACCACAUUCAGUACAUAAAAUGUAUUUAAAAGCCUUGAUCUUUAGCUGUUCCUUCAGAUGCAAGUUCAAAGUUUACAAGAUGCAGCCAGAGGUCAACACACACUUGAAGGUUUUUUGGAGGGUUGGGGGAGCUGCUUAUUCACGUGAGAGGACAGGGUCUUUGUGAAGAUAAGAGAGGUGGGGAGAAUGAAGCAUCACAGAGAGCCCCUGCCCUCCUCUCAUCCCCCUUUCUUUUCCCUCUGUGGAGGAGGGGAAGGACCUGCGAGAGGAGGAUAAGAGGGAUGAAGGCACAGGAGAGAGGAGAGGAGAGGAGAGGAGAGGGAGAGAGGAGAGGGUGAGAAAAUAAGGAGAGAGGAGAGGUUAACGAAGGAGCCCCAAAGCUUGGAAGAGGGGAGAAGGGGUUCCUUUUUACACAAUGGGGGUCUGGGGCGUUGGAGCUUGGGAGGGAAGGAGGGAGAGAAGAGAGGAGUGAAACAUGGAGGGAGGAGGAGGGCAGGCAGACCGAGUGCCGCUUGGAAGAGGGGAGAAGGUUUUCCGAGCUGCAUCAGGGACCUCGUUACAGCUGCUUAUUCUCACUGACGGAGAGAACGUCCACAGAGGAGUACACUCGGGCUGCUUCUCACUAACCUAAUGUAGCUUCCUCUCCUCUCCCCUCCUCUCCUUCUCACUAACCUAAUGUAGCUUCCUCUCCUCUCUUCUCCUCUCCUUCUCACUACUCUAAUGGAGCUUCCCCCUCUCCUUUCCUUCUCACUACUCUAAUGGAGCUCCCUCUCCUCUCGUGUCCUCGCUGCUUCUCACUACUGUAAUGGAGCUCCCUCUCCUCUCCUUCUCACUACUCUAAUGGAGCUUCCUCUCCUGUCCUCUCCUUCUCACUACUCUAAUGGAGCUUCCUCUCCUGUCCUCUCCUUCUCACUACUCUAAUGGAGCUUCCUCUCCUGUCCUCUCCUUCUCACUACUCUAAUGGAGCUUCCUCUCCUGUCCUCUCCUUCUCACUACUCUAAUGGAGCUCCCUCUCCUGUCCUCUCCUUCUCACUACUCUAAUGGAGCUUCCUCUCCUGUCCUCUCCUUCUCACUACUCUAAUGGAGCUUCCUCUCCUGUCCUCUCCUUCUCACUACUCUAAUGGAGCUUCCUCUCCUGUCCUCUCCUUCUCACUACUGUAAUGGAGCUCCCUCUCCUGUCCUCUCCUUCUCACUACUCUAAUGGAGCUCCCUCUCCUGUCCUCUCCUUCUCACUACUGUAAUGGAGCUCCCUCUCCUGUCCUCUCCUUCUCACUACUCUAAUGGAGCUCCCUCUCCUGUCCUCUCCUUCUCACUACUCUAAUGGAGCUUCCUCUCCUGUCCUCUCCUUCUCACUACUGUAAUGGAGCUCCCUCUCCUGUCCUCUCCUUCUCACUACUCUAAUGGAGCUCCCUCUCCUCUCCUUCUCACUACUGUAAUGGAGCUUCCUCUCCUCUCCUUUCCUUCUCACUACUCUAAUGGAGCUUCCACUCCUCUCCUCUCCUUCUCACUACUCUAAUGGAGCUUCCUGUCAUCAACUGCUCUCUUUCGUCUGUACUGGUGUGAGAGAACAGGACAGGCAAGAGCAAAUUCCAGGUAGUCAUCCACCAUAUCACUUCACCCCUACUCUGUUUUCAGAGCAAGCUGUAGAUGAGGGAGAGAGGAGACGGGAAGAGGACACCACUUUAGAGUCCUGUGAUGCACCCUGA